AGGACGUCCUCAUCGUCAAGCACGCAAACAGUAAGACACACGCAGCGGCCGGACGCCAAUACUAUCAUAUUUCUGCCCCUUCUUCCCACCAAAUAUCAGACAUUCGAGUCAACACCUGAAAAAAUCUACUGGCGGUUGAUGUCCAAUAAAUGUGGCGCGACUGUACUGAAGUGUUCAAACUGGGGAGCGUCACACGAAGCUUCAUCGAGGAAAUGCCCGCACAUUAAGAAGGAGAUGGCUAUCUUGAAAGAGGUG